CGCACAGUACCUAUUAUAUAUAUAUAUAUAUAUAUAUUGUUGCCAGGGAUUGAAGAUCCCCUUUCGGAAAUAAAUUAAAAGGUAGUAACAACCACCUGAGUGGUUUGGAAAUCUUACUAUAUAUUGCUUGUCUCCCAAGAUAUAUAGAGUGGAAAAAUGGGAAAGGAAAAAGGCAUGAGUGUGGUCGUAAAGAAGAGGAAGAGUUCUAUACUAUCCAUAUUCAUGCAUGCAGAUGGUGUAGACUUGUGGUUGAUGGCUCUUGGGAUCCUUGGAUCCGUUGGUGACGGGUUCUCUACGCCGCUGGUGUUGUUUAUCAGUAGCCGGUUGAUGAACAAUAUCGGCGUUGCCUCAGUUUCUUUAACACAGAAUUUUCAGUGUAACUUCAAUAGGAACGCAGUGGCUCUUGUGUACUUGGCCUGUGGGUCAUUCGUCGCUUGCUUCCUAGAGGGGUAUUGUUGGACCAGAACAGGCGAGAGACAAGCCACAAGGUUGAGAGCUAGAUAUUUGAAGGCAGUGUUGCGGCAAGAUGUGGGUUAUUUUGAUUUGCAUGUGACAAGCACAUCCGAGGUCAUCAAAAGUGUCUCAAAUGACAGCCUCGUAAUUCAAGAUGUUAUAGGCGAAAAGGUCCCAAAUUUUUUGACGAAUGCUUCUAUGUUCGUUGGAAGCUAUAUAGCAGCGUUCUUAUUGCUAUGGAGACUAGCUAUCGUGGGGUUCCCAUUUAUUGUGCUUUUGGUAAUACCUGGUUUGAUGUACGGGAGAACUCUGAUGGGACUGGCGAGGAAUAUGAGGGAAGAGUAUAAUCAUGCGGGUAUGAUAGCAGAACAGGCGAUAUCUUCUAUCAGAACCGUUUAUGCGUUUGUGGGGGAGAGCAAGGCAAUUGCAGCGUUCUCUGCAGCUUUACAGGGGUCGGUGAAGUUGGGUUUAAGGCAGGGGUUGGCUAAAGGUUUGGCCAUCGGAAGCAACGGCGUUGUCUUUGCUAUUUGGUCUUUCAUGUCUUACUACGGUAGUAGACUUGUCAUGUACCAUGGCGCCGAGGGUGGUACUGUUUUCGUUGUUGGAGCCGCCAUUGCCGUUGGUGGAUUAGCUUUAGGUGCUGCUUUAUCCAACUUGAAGUACUUCUCUGAAGCAAUGUCAGCGGGAGAACGUAUUAUGGAAGUGAUAAAAAGAAUCCCCAAGAUUGACUCCGACAACAUUGACGGCCAGAUUUUAGAGAGAGUCUCAGGCAACGUUGAAUUUAGAAACGUCGAAUUCGCAUACCCAUCAAGACCGGAGAGCAUUAUCUUCAAAGAUUUCUGCCUAGAGAUACCAGCAGGAAAGACUGUAGCUUUGGUGGGUGGGAGUGGCUCCGGAAAAUCCACUGUGAUAGCACUGUUGCAGAGGUUUUAUGACCCACUUGGGGGAGCGAUAUUUCUUGAUGGGAUUGCCAUUGAUAAGUUGCAGCUCAAGUGGCUAAGGUCGCAGAUGGGUUUGGUGAGCCAAGAGCCUGCACUUUUUGCGACCACCAUUAAAGAGAACAUACUUUUCGGUAUGGAGGAUGCUGCCAUGGAAGAAGUUGUCAAGGCUGCCAAAGCUGCUAACGCUCAUAAUUUUAUAUGUCAGCUCCCUCAGGGAUUUGAUACCCAGGCCGGCGAGGGAGGUGUUCAAAUGUCAGGAGGACAGAAGCAGAGGAUCGCCAUUGCGCGAGCAAUAAUCAAGAAACCCAGAAUCCUCCUCCUAGAUGAGGCAACAAGUGCAUUAGACUCGCAGUCCGAACGGCUUGUCCAAGAAGCCCUAGACAAGGUUGCCAUUGGCCGCACCACCAUCGUAAUUGCUCACCGCUUGUCCAGCGUUCAAAAUGCCGACCUGAUUGCUGUCAUUCAAAACGGUCGAGUCAUGGAGACAGGUUCACACGACGAGUUGAUCCAAAACAAACAUGGGUUUUACACUUCCCUUGUCCAUCUUCAACAGACCGAGAAACAGACAGACCCAGAAGAAGUCACUUGUGCCAAUUCAUCAUCUUCUAUAUCAAACAUAGACACCAACAACACGAGCAGCCGGAGGCUUUCCAUGGCGAGCAGGUCAAGUUCUACCAACUCGGUAGCACCGACCCGGGCUUUAGUUGCUGGAGAAAAUCAGGUAGAAGUUACAAAUUUUCCACUGCCAUCGUUUCGAAGGUUGUUAGCUUUGAAUCUUCCUGAGUGGAAGCAAGCAUGCUUGGGGUGUUUGGGUGCUAUACUGUUUGGUGCUGUUCAACCGGUGUAUGCGUUCGCCAUGGGGUCCAUGAUCUCGGUGUAUUUUUUGAAAAGCCAUGAUGAGAUUAAGGAAAAGACAAGGAUUUACUCACUUUGUUUUCUUGGGUUGGCUGUGUUGUCACUGUUGAUUAAUAUCAUUCAGCACUAUAAUUUCGCUUACAUGGGAGAGAACUUGACGAAGAGGAUUAGAGAGAGGAUGCUUUCCAAGAUGCUCACUUUUGAAGUUGGUUGGUUUGAGAAAGAUGAGAAUUCUAGUGGUGCCAUUUGCUCUAGACUCGCCAAAGAUGCUAAUGUGGUGAGGUCUUUAGUGGGUGACAGAAUGGCCCUUCUGGUACAGACCUUCUCGGCUGUAGCUGUGGCCUGCACAAUGGGCAUGGUCAUUUCAUGGAGGCUUGCCAUUGUCAUGAUUGCGGUCCAGCCGAUCAUCAUAGUCUGCUUCUACACUAGACGUGUCCUACUCAAAAGCAUGUCCAGCAAGGCCAUGAAAGCCCAAGAUGAAAGUAGCAAGCUUGCUGCUGAAGCAGUUGCCAAUCUCCGUACUGUCACCGCCUUCUCUUCGCAAGAUCGAAUCCUACGAAUGCUUGAAAAGGCCCAAGAAGGACCGCGACGAGAGAGCAGGAGACAGUCAUGGUAUGCAGGUAUUGGGCUUGGUGCUUCUCAAAGCCUCACAACUUGUACUUGGGCUUUAGACUUUUGGUACGGCGGCAGACUUCUCUCCAAGGGUCAGAUCACAACUGAAUCUCUUUUUGAGACCUUCAUGAUAUUGGUAAGCACUGGCCGCGUCAUUGCUGAUGCAGGUAGCAUGACCUCUGACCUUGCUAAGGGCUCAAAUGCUGUUGGGUCAAUCUUUGCCGUUUUAGAUCGAUACACGGGAAUUGUGCCUGAAGAUCCAGAAGGUUACCAACCUGAGAAGAUAAUGGGCAGAGUGGAAAUUCGAGAUGUGGAUUUUGCAUACCCAGCUAGGCCGAAAGUGAUAGUCUUCAAAGGCUUCUCGAUCGACAUCGAAGCUGGGAAAUCAACAGCUUUGGUAGGACAAAGUGGGUCCGGAAAAUCAACCGUCAUAGGGUUGAUUGAGAGAUUCUAUGACCCAUUAAAAGGCUCGGUGAAAAUCGAUGGUAGAGAUAUAAGGUCCUUCAAUCUUCGAUCCUUAAGGAAGCACAUUGCCCUUGUUAGCCAAGAGCCAACACUAUUUUCUGGAACUAUUAGGGAGAACAUCGCUUACGGAGCAUCUAAUAAAGUUGAGGAAACAGAGAUUGCACAGGCUGCUAGACUAGCCAACGCUUACGACUUCAUUGCAGGCCUAAAGGACGGGUUUAACACUUGGUGCGGCAAUAGAGGUGUGCAACUAUCUGGGGGGCAGAAGCAACGCAUUGCGAUAGCCCGUGCCAUUCUUAGAAACCCCUCCAUGCUAUUGCUAGACGAGGCAACUAGCGCGCUAGAUAGUCAGUCGGAGAAGGUAGUGCAAGACGCAUUGGAGUGUGUGAUGGCGGGGAGGACCAGUGUGGUGGUGGCGCACAGGUUAAGCACCAUACAAAGCUGUGACAUGAUUGCUGUGUUGGAUAAAGGGAGGGUGGUGGAGAGGGGGACCCAUUCAUCUUUGCUAGCAAAGGGCCUUGGUGGAGCGUACUACUCACUAGUCAAUCUCCAAAGGAAACCGAUCAAUACUAGCCAUCCAUCCAACUAAAAAGUUGCAUUGACCGGCUUACAAAUGAGCCCCUUUUAACAGGCCAUGCAAAAAACAACAAACAAAAACCAAGUUAUAUUGUCUCUAUCUUAGCAUGCAUUGACGUGAAAUUGUCUAUUACUCAUCAGAUGAGUUUUCACUUUUACAAUCUAUAAAUCCAAUUAUAGAUUUGUAACGUCUUGAACGAGAAUGUAAUCAAUAAGCAAAUAAUUAGAUAUAUUCAAAAUACAAUCUUAUUGUAAUAUGUAAUAUUAUUUGAA